AUGUUUACGAAUUGGUUAACGGGAAGCAGUGGCACAGCGCCUCGGGGCAUCGGCCUCACUGCGCCACCGUUGGCUGCCGCCGCAGCACCACUGUCCGUCGGAAUCGGCAGCGGUGGGGGCAUUAUGAGCACUCCGCCGGAUGUCAUCCUGGAGGUGGGCCCCGCGCCGAGCAACGUGCGCUUUGUGGCCCACGCUCUGGUCCUGGGCAUGCACAGUGGAUACCUUCGCUCGGCCAUCCGCAUGGAUGAGAGUGCCGCCGCCUCAGGAGCGGGCUCCAACAGCAGCACAGGAGCCACAGGCGCCCAAGGAGCCGCGGGAGGAGAGCUAAUGCUUUACUUGGGCAACGUGACGGCGGAGCAGUUUGCCCCGCUCCUCACGUACAUGUACACGGGCUACCUAGACUUGAAUGUGGACAACAUCUUUGCUGUGCUGCUGGCCACGCACGUGCUGCACAUGCCCCGAGCUCUGGAGAUCUGUCGAUCGUUUCUGGCCCGGGCCCAGACCGAGGGCUAUCUGAAUGGCAGUGGCAGCAAUCCCCCCCCACAGCUAUGUCCGACGGCGCCAGUUAGCGCCAAGAUCAUCCGGCCCAUUCCGAGCAAGGCCACGCUCCCGAACUUUGGCUUCAUGCCAGUGCCCCUGCCACUGGCUCCUCCUCCGCCCCCAACAGCGCCACCGCCGCAUCCUCCUCCCGUCCUGCCCGCCUAUGCGGGUGCCGCUUCCCUGCUGCAAGUAGAGCCGGAGUAUCCCGGACUGGACGUGGCCUUGGAUGAGGACGAGGAGGAGGACGUCGAGGUAUUCAUCGACAGCAACACUGUCACCGACAACGAAAACGAAAUCGAAGACAUGGAGGCCGAGGACUGCAAUGUCUCGGUCGUCAGUUCACUGGCCAGCAGCAGUGCGGGCAGCCUUAACAUCGAGCGCCUGGACGCAAAACCGCCCACACCCACACCCACACUCACACUCACACCGACCCCCAAGCCGCAGGCACCGACCAGGACCAAGAAAGAGCCCCCAGCAGCAGUCGUGCAAAGGGGAUCCCGCUCCACACGCUCUGGGAAGCCAGGGAGGAGAACCAAUGCGAGCGGACUCCAGGUGGCCAAGGCCCCGGUGCCGGCCGCCCAAUUGGAGACGGCCACGGCGGCGAUGCCCUCCAAGUUCAUCAUCGACGUUGCCAGCUGCGACGGACCCGUGCGUUUCCGUCGCAUCCUGAACACCGCCUACGGCCACAAGCCGGAGGCCCUGGACGGCUCCGGAUCGGAGCAAUGCGAGCAGCAGCGGACCCAGCAGAGCGUCAGCUACUCGUUUCACCAGCAGAUGGCCAGAGCCAUUAGCAGCCAGCAGCGACAGCAGUUCCACCAGCAGCAGCAGCACCAGCAGCAGCACCAGGAGGAAAGCGAGAACAGUGGCGAUGCCACAGGAGGAUCGGGAGCAGCACCAGCCAACAGCCGAAAGCAGGCGAAUGCAGGAGCCUCCUCCUCUGCAACGACCGCCAGCAGCAGCAGCAGCAUCGGAGGAGCUGUAGCCCCCAGCCAGGAGCUGUAUGUGUGCGUGUACUGCAAGCACACGUUCAAGUCGCAGUACUGCUACCAAAAGCACGCCAAGCGGCACCUGAAUCCUCUGAGCCUGGCCAGUGCCGAGAAGAAGCUGGUGGCCAGCGGAGACCAUGGAAUGGUGGCCAUGGAAUCCAGCAACACUGGGCAGGACAACAGUCAGUCGCAGGAGGCCACAGCAACGGCAGCAGCCACGGCAACAGCAGCAGGAGCAGCAGCUGCCACAUCCACGGCCACAACAAGCGCUCUAAUGCGGCGCGAGGUGCGUCCCUUGGACAUGAAUGUCCAGUACUAUCCCUGCAAGACAUGCGGCAGCAAGUUCCCCAGCUACUACUUUGUCCACAAGCAUCGCAAGAUGUGCCAUGCCGAUGAGAUCGAGGCGGCGGCGGCAGCGGCAGCCACCAGCAACACUAGCAGCUCUUCAAGUGGAGCCGCCGCAGGAGCAGGCACUGCCACUGUCACCGGCAGUCUCUCUAAAAGAGAGACGACGGUCGCAGCAGCGAAGGAACCUUCAGAGGAUCAGCAGAAGCCGUAAGGCAUGCAGCGAAUCUUGUGGAACUAACCAAAAAAAAUCAAAAGCAACGAAAUCUACGAAUUUACGAAUACACCUACACCUACCCUAUAACACUGAC